UUGACAACGCUCAAAUAAUGUUGAAUGACAGUGCCAAAUGAGCGAUGGAGUAAGGGUGCAUCUCUUGGGGUUUAUAAAUAUAAAAUAACAUUUUGACUGAUAAACCGGUGAAAAGACUUUGCUUUGUUGCACAGACUGAUCAUGGCAAGCGCUGCAAAUCUGAACGCUGUCCGGGAAACAAUGGAUGUUCUUCUCGAGAUAUCGAGGCUUCUGAACACUGGUCUUGACAUGGAGUCCCUCUCCAUUUGCGUUCGCCUCUGUGAACAAGGAAUCAACCCAGAGGCUCUCUCCUCCGUUAUAAAGGAGCUCCGCAAAGCGUCGGACACAUUAAAGGCCUCAGAAAACAGUACAAGUUAAGGACAAAAGAAGGCUGAUGAGGAAGAUAUCAGUGUGAAACAUACACAACAGUCAUUUCCUGGAAGGAAAAGGAUACCAUCAGGGUGCUUAUGUUUCUCAGCAUCUGUUUUUCAGCAUUUUAAUACCUGCCAUUGUAAUAUGCAUGUUGUUUUUUCCAUACCAUUUUGGAGUAAAGAAUUUCAGAUUUUUAACUUAAGGAUACAGACCCGAUGAAUAGAAUAAUGACAUCAGUAAUUAAAUGUCUGUUGUACUGUCAUCACUGACUGAGAUCCUUGUCUUAAGCAGAGGUAUGAAACGCCACCUAUUUUAUUUUCAACCCCCCAGUGUAACUUAAGGUCAAACCUAAGACUUUAUAUUGCCAUUACAUUCUCUGCACUUCUUUCUCGCUUUUGAGAUGAGAUGGACUAGGGUCAGCAUCCUGUCCUAGAGGGAUGUCCUGUCCAGGCAACCUACUUGAGUGUCAGUCGACAUUGGGCAACAGAAACUGGGAUAAGCUCCGACCUACUGAGUCUUCAGAUGCAAAUACAGUUUCCUUCUGACAUUUUAUGUCAGCUAUGUA